AUGGAGGAAAAUAUGUCUAUGAACCAUGUUCUUUCUGCACACCUGCUUGAUAGCUUUGACCAUAGUCGUCGGGCAUCAGCCCCGCCAUUUGGUGGACACGGACAGGCUGGCCAUGGCUCUUCAACGCAACUUGGGUUUUUCCCUAUGACACACGGAAGCUACUCCCAAAUGUCUAUGAUGAGCAACAAUAGCCUUUCGGUGGAGCAGCUUGCCCAGAUGCAAGCAAAGCUCAACAAAAAACUUGGGCCGGACCUUCACCUCAAUAUUUAUGCAGAUUUAUAUCCCAACGCCCCGGCCCAGGAGGAGGCGAGUCCCAAGCUCACGUAUGCAGAAGGUUGGAAGAUUAUCAACCUUGCCAACGAAGUUUUUGGAUUCAACGGCUGGUCAUCCUCGGUCCUGUCAAUUACUACAGAUUAUAUCGACCAAAAUCCGGAAACGCAUCGGUACAAUGUUGGAGUCUCCGCUCUUGUUCGGGUUACCCUUCGUGAUGGCGCUUUUCAUGAAGACGUUGGAUUCGGCGCUCUGGAAAACUCAAGGGGAAAAGGCGCUGCGCUAGACAAGUGCAAAAAAGAGGCAGUAACUGAUGCGAUCAAGCGAACCUUGCGCAACUUUGGUAAUGUUUUAGGUAACUGUCUGUACGAUAAACAGUACGUGUCAGAAAUAGCAAAGGUUAAGGCGCCGGUGGUCAAGCUCGACCAAGAGUCUCUUCAUCGUCGACCUGACCUUGCCGGGCCGGUACCAAAUAUGCCUCCUCCGCGCGAAUCUACACCUCAGUCCACGACCUCUUUCGCACGAAAUUUGCCUCCUCGUCCUCUCGGAAAUCCCUCUCCACUUGCGACAUCGACCCCCGUUACUAACCGCACCCUUGGAAAUGAAUUACCUACUCCGGACACCUCACUUGUUGGUCCUCCAGCUAUCGCUCAAUCUGUUCAGCCUGCCCAGCCUGCGCCUCAAACCAAGGUUUCUCGUAACAUCAAUCCUCAACCCCCUCGUAGCGCUAGCCCAAUAACUCGGCCUACUCAUCCUCCGAACACGGACAAUAGCAAUACCCGUGUGACUCCGCCAGUUUCAGAGGUAAAUCCCGAAGAUCCAGCCCCACCAGCCCCAGUGGAGCCUACUUCAGGCCAGGCCUUAUUUGACAUACGGCUUGUGGGAGAGUUGCCUGAAGAUGGGAGCGUGUACGGUGGUUCGGAGGACGAUGCCUUCUUCGACAAUAUUUUACCAGGUGAACUUGAUAUAGAAGUCCCUGAUGUUCCGCCCGUGCCUCCUCGCAGUGCGAGACCCCAGAUUUCUAAACCAGAUUCUCGUGCUUCCCCCACGGCUCAGGAAGAGCCAAGUAACACAUCCGAUUCAGUUAGUUCACCUCCUGGUGCGACUAGUAACGGAAUCCUGGAAGAAUCUGUUACCAAGCGUCCUCGCAUUCGGCUUGCUGACGCUAUUCGUGGUGGGGCUCCUGGCACCGGUGGGUCUGGGCCAGGUGUGGGUCAGAAACGUCAGCGAACCAAUUGA